GCUAGAGUGCGCAUGAGCGACUCCAUCACCGUCAAGGCGGACGGUUUCCAUGGCGCGAAUCAAUGUACAAACAAAUCGUAGCGAAAACUUCCUGCCCGAUAAAAAACAAUCACAAACGUCUUGACUGCUGGUGCAGUGGAAGUUUUUUCUUUGUGGUUUGCCAAAUCCCAUCGCAAUGGACAUAUCCACCAAACCCGUAUUUUCGUUCUCCCUCAACUACAAAGUGUUCGACAAGCUGGUGACCUGCGGGAAGUACGACGGGAUCCAUUCCUGUUUGACCAUGGUCACAACGGCGGACAAGAUUCUAAUCCACACGCCCCACAAACGCUACGGGCUGCAAAACUCGAAGCUCUCGAUUUCGGAAAUCAAAAAUGACAUCGCACUGCUUAACAUGAACUUUCCGAUACGGGCGAUCGUGGCCGGGCGGCUGAAGAAGGACGACGAACGCGACGUGCUGGUGAUUGGAAGUCCUUCGCAUGUGCUAGCGUACCAUGUGGAUGAAAAUUGUAACAUGUUUCAGAGAGAUUUCCACGAGGGCGUACGGUCUGCCGUGAUCGGUGGCUACGCAAACCAACCGGGCAAUACGCUGAUCGUUGGCGGCAAUGCGGUCGUCCGAGGCUACAAUCAGGAGGGCACCGAAGUGCUGUGGCUGAUAACGUCUGGCAGCGUGGUUUCACUGCUGCUAAUCGAUAUCGAUAAGGACGGUCAAAAUGAGCUCAUCACCGGCACGGAUGAUGGAUGCAUACGGAUCUACAAUAAGGAAGCGCUGCUGCACGAGUUUACCGAGGGCAACGAGAUACAGAAUCUGGUCGCCCUGCGCACCGGCCAGUUUAUGUACAGCGUCAAGAACGGCACGAUCGGUGUGUUCGAGGAGAACGUGCGAAUGUGGCGCAUCAAGUCGAAGGCCCGCGCCACAGCGAUGGCCACGUACGACAUUCUGGGAUGCGAGGCGAAGCAAAUGAUCGUCGGCUGGAAGAGUGGAAAGAUCGAUGUACGUGAACCCCGCACCGGGGACGUUUGGUUCCGGAUGAAGAUGAACGAUUUCGUGUGCGGGAUCGCUUGCAACGACUAUCGGGGGAUCGGGCUGCUGGAUCUUGUCGUCGUGACGGCGGAUGGAGAAAUAAGGGGAUAUACGACGCCAAGCGUCAACAUGCUAACGUUGCACAACGUUGCCGAUGAGGAAAUGAACGCUCUGCUGACUCAGAAACAGAAACUGCUGCUCGAGCUGAAGCACUACGAAAACAACAUCAAGUACAACAAGGAAAUCCUGAGCAACACGAGCGAAAGCAAUCUGGUGCAGAGUGUGCCGGACAACGUCGGCAUCAUACCGUCCAACACGCGGCUACAGAUCGGCAUUUCCACCAGCUACGAUAGCAACGAUAUGAACAUCGACAUCACCGUGUCGACCAACAACUCGACCACGAUUCGUGUCGUGUUGAUCUUUGCUGAUCAGCUGUUCAAGGAGGAAACGCUGAUCGCGCACCUGACGAAGGACGUUUCGCGCAUACUGAUACCGCUCAAGACGCUCAAGGACAAUGCGCAGGACAUUCACAUCAAAGCGUUCGUCGGCUACCCGAGCAGUGUGCAGUUUCACGUGUUUGAACUGACCCGUCAGCUGCCCAAGUUUGCGAUGUACACCAUACCGCACAAUCUGACCGGGUCACCGAAGAGUGUGUAUGAAGUGAAGAUCAUCUGAUUAUUUUAAACCGCCAACACGUGCUUGCAUGCAUAAGUCAUCGACAUUCGACCCCAAAACCGAAUGCCCGAACCAGUUUUGCUGUGUGGUGUGGUGGUGGUGCUGGAUGGAAAACUGUGAUUUGUGUUGUACGCCUUAACCGUUCGUACGGAUGCAGUGCUAAAGCCCAGUGAUGGAUUCCUUUUUCGGCUUCGAUACCAGUCUGCCGGGUGAGAACGACGAGGAGUAGGAGGAGGAGGAAGCUCGCCGAUUCUUCCAGGCAGCACCGCGGCGCACCGCCGAACUGCAUUCGCCGCUGCAGCGGCGCCGAUGCAAAGAAGACAUCUCGGACGAGGAGGAGUAUGACGCCCUGAAUGACGAAACGUUCGGUGCGGCGGACAAGGGCGACUGGAAGGACAUCCACGAGCAUCUCGUGCGGCUGGAAAGUUGCAGGAAUGGGGGGCGAACCGGUUCCUUCCUUGGGGAGGAUGAGGACGACGGGGGCAGCAGCGACAACAACAACAGCGAGAGCGGCCGUAGCAGUGUGGUGGCCCAAAGCAUUGGCGAUGAGUUCGCGAACAAGCUAUGGCUGGAUCCGAGCAUCUGGGGUAGCCCGGCGAAGGUUCCGGCUCCGGUGCAGCCACCGUACAGCGAUUAUAGGCCCAGCGGUACGCCAUUUUCUGCCCUGCCACCACAGCAGAGCGCCUUUCGACCACCGGAACCGGCGCAUCCGAUCGGGGGAGGUGGCCUGCCGCCAAAACCGCCUCCCUCACUGCCACCGGGCUUGUUUCCACCCAUGAAGAUGCUGUCAGUGGAGGACAUUGAACGAACCAUCAUCCAGCAUCAGCAUCAGCAAAAUCAGCAUCAAAGUAUGCUGCAAAAGCAAAUGUCACAGCAGC